AUGGGUUUCGCGCAACUCGUGAUCGGCCCCGCUGGAAGUGGAAAGGUUAUCGCUUCUUUUUUUUUCACCUCCUCUACUCUGGUUUACUUUCUGGUUCGUAAACGGCUCCAACUGGACCAAGCGUGUUCUAUUGAAGCUCGCUUUUCACGAAAAUAAUAAUUAUGGAGUCAUGUAGGAGUAGAGUUCAAAUUAUUUUAAUGUAUGAUGGCCAGAGCUUUGCUGCGCAAGAACUUAGUUUGUUCCAUACUCGACCAUAGCUUGGGCUUUGGACAAGUAAUGAUAAUCAGAAUACUAAUGAGGCACAGCCGCUUAUUUCUACGUAGAACUAUCUUACGGGAUAUUCUUGAAUUCUAACUGAUAUCUUAGAAAAUACGGAUGAGCAAGAGCAGCCUAUCCACGCGUGUGUUAGAGUCCGCAGACAGCCCGUUUGUUAGAUAAUCCCAAUACGUUCCUUCACAUCUAGGUAUCCGAUCAAGUAAAGAGGCCUGUGCAAAUUUUAGUAAAGUUGUUUGCAAACUUCAGAUUGGUUGUGGCUCGGUGAAACUUAACCUUUCCUCUCAUUUUUCUACUUGGAUCCAUCCUCCAGUCAACAUACUGUUCCAGCCUCUAUCAGCACUGUGAGACAAUGAGGCGUAGCAUUCACAUCAUCAACUUGGAUCCUGCCGCAGAGAGUUUUGACUAUCCAGUGGCUAUGGGUGAGCGCUAUAGCUUCUAAAAGUUUACCCAAUUUUAGCACUUUUUUCUCAUUGAUGGAAGCUAUUCUUUUUCCCGACUAAUCUGACUUUCUUUGAACUCUUUCUCUUGCGUGUGUGCAGAUAUUAGAGAACUUAUAUCCCUGGAUGAUGUAAUGGAAGAACUUGAUCUGGGUCCUAAUGGGGGUCUCAUUUACUGCAUGGAGUAUCCUUUUAUUCUACUAAUUUGCACCUUUGACUGAAAUCUUGUUGUAACCAAUGCAUGCAUCUUGCUUCUCUUUGUUGCAGUCGUUUUAAGAAGGAGGUGCUCCAUGUUGACUUGUAAUUCACUACUUUGGCAUGAUAUGUAGGAUUGAUGUUAUGCACUUUCUCGGGAAUAAAAAAUAUCUUCCUAAAGAAUGAUGACGAAGAAAUAUGUAUAAUUACUUUGAUGGUCGUUUGGUGGUUGGCUGAGGGAACUGUAAUAUAUGCAAGGUUUGAAUUAGAGUGAAGGCUCAUUGUUUUUUUGCCUAAGGACUCGUAUAGGUAAUUCAUUCUCUAAUCCAAAUGUGAAAAGUUACUAUAGCUUCAAAGCUGCCCACCUUGUUUACUUUAAUAUUUAUGUAUCUGUAUAGACACUUAUCUUGAUUUCAAGCAGGUUAGAUAUUAGAGCUCCGAUCAAUUGGAAAAUUCGUGGUGCAUGUGUUCAUAAAAUGAUCAUGUUGGGAUUAUUGAAAGAAGUCAGAUGUUGGGAUUUUUUAGCAUCCCUUCAUUGUCAGCGAUAUUAUGUAAUCUUCUAGUUGAUAGUGGACUGGUAGCUCUUCCUUUGGAUGGCAUUAGUUUUUGCUGACUGGUAGCUUUCUCGUUUAGUUCGAGUAAACAUUUCAUCAUUUGGCUUGUCAAUGUACCUUGGGCAAAGGAUGCCCUUCUACUGUCACAUGAGAACGGAGACUGGUGGGUACCCUAAUUGUAUUAUUUUUGGUUAGGAUUGGAUACUCACAAUGCCUGGAACCUGGACUUCUCCAGAGUUUCACUUUAAUCCAAUUGUACCCUGGUUAGCUAAAAUUUCGAAUUAAUUUUUCGAAUACUGUGGAUCUACAGAAUUAAUGUGAAUAUGCUUGUGAUAGCAGUGAAACAUUUUCUAACAGUCUUACAUGCUUAUUGUUGAGUGAGCUGGGCUAAACUUUAUGUUUGCCUUAAGCUCUAGGUCUUUGUCCGGGUUAGUUGGCUUAUAUACUAAAGUCAGAAAGUGAGAAAACAGAGUCGUGACCUACGAGCUCAACUUUGACUUGUUCUUAUCUGUUGAUGAAACCACUUUAGAAUAUUGGAUUCCUUUAAUGAUCUCUGGACCCUGUGACUCGACCUAUAAAUAUUCCACAUAAAGAGCGGAAUCUUAAAAAAGUCAAUCUGACUCAUAUGAGCACCAACUCAAUGAGCCCUGGUAGAAAUGUUCUUUGACACGUGAGGAGCAUGUCCAACUUUUACUUUUGUUUAGUUUCUCUUGCAUUUAUGACAUAAAGAUUGAUUAUAUGACAUUGUAUGUCCCAUUUUUUGGUUCGUUAAUGUUUUGCUGAAUUAUCUUAGAAUACUGCUUCAAAUCAAAUGUGGCUUUUUAUCUUGAUUUUUCUUAGCGUGCUUUAGACACCUGGAAGAGAAUUUAGAUGACUGGUUGGAAGAAGAACUGGAAAACUACUUGGAUGAUGAUUAUCUUGUUUUUGAUUGUCCAGGUAUUUCCUUUUGCAUGUAGACAUGAAUUCUUGUUCUCAGGGCGUCUUUUUUUUUUGAAAUGUUGUUUUAGGUAGUGUGUGACCUCCUUCACAUAAGUUGCUUUGAAUGAGCCGCUAAAAAUGUUUCUUUGAGAGACACCAACAUAGCUCACACUGGUCGAGUAGUCUCUCUCCUUGCAGUGCAUCAAGAAGAACGGAACAGUGAGAUCAUUGGAAAGGUCUUUACUGGUUGAUGGGGAUCAUUUUUCAUUGUGAGUUGUUGUCAUGCGAAUGGGUGUAUAUCUUUUUCUUUUUUUCUUUUUUUCUUUUUUCUUCAAGUUGGCCUCUUUCAACCGUGCUUGAAUCAUCAAAAACCUGAUUGGGCAAUGUUAUCCAUUAGAUUCUUUUUUGUUGUGUGAAUGGCGAAAAGGAUCGACAUAAACUGACCAUUCAUCAGAGUGAUCUUUAGUGGCAGAUCUAAACAGGUGACAACCAGAACAUUGUGGAGAAUUUUUUCAUUCCAUCUCAUUCUAAUCAGAAAAUUUAGGAAGAUCUUGAAUGCGUUUGAUGAAGUUUAGUCAGAAGCAAUGCUUUGUGGACGAUGGAGUGCCAUGACGUUUAUUGUUAUUUUCUGCAUUCAUGUACACUGAGUGUCAGAGAAACUAGGGUCCACUGUUUCUGUUGAAUAGGGGUGGCGGUGGGGGAGGGGAUUUAUUUGGAAAAUGAAGAAAUGAAACUAGUUACAAUACAGUUUCCCUUAUGUUUCUGAUAAUUGCUUCAACUGUAGAUUCCUAGAUUCUGUUGGUAUUAUUCAUGUCAAAGCUGCUGUUAAAGUGUCAGCUGAUCCCACCAGGCACCAGUCGUGAGCGAAUGGUGUAAUACUCUGUAUUUAACUACGAAAUGCCCAACUCAGUUCAUUCAGUGCGGGACUACUCCAGAAAUUAUAAUCUUAAGUAAUAAAAUUACCGCUGUCCAGCACUGUUAUUCCCCUGAUCUUGUCGCAUCCCACACUCUGUUCAUCUUUCGCAUCUCUUCUCCACAAAAAUGUUCCUUAUCUUCUACUCCCCUCUUAUAUAACAGUUUCAAAAAUGUUUGUUACCCACAUUUCCCAAAUAUUCCCGUCUCUUCAGUCUGAAUAUUAUUUGGAGCUGCAAGGUGGUAACCUGUGGUUACUGUUGUAUUCUAUGAAGAAGUGUGCAUUGUUCAUUUGUGGGCAGUGUUCUUUACAAAGCGUGUAUCAUUUUAAUCCAUGAUAAAGAGCAUGCGAGGGACGAGCAUAGACAGAAUUGAGACUAAGUUUCACCUCAUGUUUCCUUGCAUCAUGGUCGGUUUUUUCUUGCACCCAACGUUGGCAGGACCUGGACCAUACGUAAGUAAAUUGGAUGCUAUUUAUUUCCUUGUUACAUUUGUUGAUUCCCCCCAUUUUCCUGGUAAAUGAUGAGUUCUUAGUGUCACAUCUCUCAGAUUUUAUAGUGUCACUAGAGCAAUGUCUCUAACUUGGUUCCUUCAUUGGUCUACUCUUGAUUACUAAUUUUACUUUCUCCAUGUUGUGGUGUCAUCUGUGGUCUCUGGUGCAUCCUUCAUUGUUGUCAGUUUUCUGGAACGUUGUGACACGGGUUGGCAGAGGGCUGGCGUGACCUUGGCUGUUAGUGGUUUCAGCUGACUAGAGAUAAAACAAACUUUUAAUGUACGUGCCAUGCGGCUUUCAAAAUCAGCAAAGUGGUCCUUUGGUUAAUAUGGAAAUCGCUAAAUUCAUUUCUCAAUCUCCCUGAAUCUGGCGCAAUAAAUCUUUAUUGAGGCUAUUCAUGUUGCCAUUAUUCUCUGAUAGAAGAUUAGAGGGAGCCUUCCCGGGAGAAAGAGGAGUUGGGGGAUUGUUUUGGCGUCUCAAGCGAAUUUAGUCCUAUGGUUGACAUAGAAUGUGCACUUCAAUAAAUGAGAAUCUUACAAUAGUUGUAGACGCUAUGGUGGUGAUGUUCACCAAGGCUCUUUGUUAAUUACAAAACGUACACCAUGCUUAUUUCUUAUGCUGGAAGAAUUGCCAAUCCUUGCCUGGAAGAAAACUCUUGUCAAGGAGUUCUUCUGCUAUUUUUUCAAAUUGAAGUAUUUACUUGAGAUUCUUAAACUUUUCGGAAUCCUCUCUUCAUUGGUUUCCUGUUUGAUAACUCCCUGCAGGUCAAAUAGAACUAUUUACACAUGUUCCAGUUCUUCGGAACUUUGUGGAGCACCUGAAGCGCAAAAAUUUCAAUGUCUGUGCAGUUUUCUUACUUGAUUCUCAGGUCGGUUUCCCCUUAUUGUAAACUCUGUUUCAUAUUAAUUAUAUAUUAGCGCUGUGUUGCAUUGAGAUUGAGCUAAAAGAUUUUUCUUCUGUACAGUUCAUAACUGAUGUUUCCAAGUAUAUAAGCGGUUGCAUGGCAUCUCUUUCUGCAAUGGUUCAACUUGAAUUACCUCAUGUCAAUAUUCUGUCCAAAAUGGAUCUCGUAAAAAACAAAAAGGAUAUUGAGGAGUGAGUAAUUUUUUGUUUCUUUCAUCUUGCCUUCACCAAUUUUACUGUACUCAUAAUUUUUCCUUUUAUUUUGUCUCAGUUACUUAAAUCCAGAGGCCAAAGUCUUAGUCUCAGAAUUGAAUCAGCAAAUGCCACCUCAAUUUGCGAAGCUAAAUAAAGCUUUGGCAGAGCUGGUAAGAUGCCAAUCUGACACAUUUUCUCAAUAGUUUUUUUUUUCGUUGCUUGGUUGCCAUGUUAUCAACGUCUUGAAGCCUAUGCGACCAAUUUCACAUUUACAAUUUUUGAGUAUUUUUAUUUAUUUUUUGAAACAAGAGUCUUUUCUCACACUUCCUGAAUCUUUUAAUUGAUACUAGCUGCCUUCCCAUAGAUCAUAAUAUUCAUAAUACCCAUGGCAGCUCGUUUUCCUUUGCUUCUUUCCCUCUCUCUAUCUUUUCCUUCUCACUUAUUUGUCGUAGUUUUUGAGGAAAUCACCCGCAAUGUCAGUUAAGUCGACAAUCCUUUUUGAGCCUUUGAAGCUGAUAUUGGUUUCUAGGAAAAGCUAUCAUUAGAGUGACAAUUAAUCAAAUUUGAACUCACAAAAACCUUAAUUCUAAUUAUAAAGAAUUUACGAAAAAUGUCUUCUAUCCACAUAAUACCUUUAGAUUUGGCUGACAGAUAGGACACCACAUCUUUCAUACUGUUCCAAAGAUAAUCCUUAUCUACUUUUGUGAGUAGUCGUGUACAGAUCCAUGAAACAUUAAGAGCCUUUCUUUAUUAAACUCAUGGAACGACCUUAUGUCUAUUAUUUUGCAUAAUGAAGAUGAAGAUGAAGAUGAUGAACAAAGUAAUUCAAUUCACCGUUCAUGUAAAGAUGGGGACCAACGCACAUGAGAUCAUAUAUGGUGUAAUUUGUGAUUGCUUCCUCGCUUGGUAGAUCUAUUAUUCAGUUUUAAGUACUCAUCUUGACAUCCUUUUUUUUGGCAUGGCACUUGGGGCCCAGAUUUUGUUCUAUCGUGAUACUAAUUAACCGCCCCGUAAUUUUCGCAUUAUAGAUCUGCUUUUCUAAAAAACUGAUCCAGCUUAUUGCGUAACUUGUGAGCUUCAUCUCUUUUAUCCUGUUUUUUAUGGAUCAAGAAUUAAAUUUCUUCACCAGGUUGAUGACUUCAGCAUGGUGAAUUUCGUGCCAUUAGACUUGAGGAAGCAGAGCAGGUUAGUUGGUCCUUCUCAACUUUGUUCACAUAGAUAUCAGUAUUUAUGUAUAUAUGCUAGGCAUUAGAGGCGGUAUACAUUCCACGAGUUGUCAUAUCAACCUGGGUACACCCUUCCCCACUCUAGAUCUCGAUCAGAGCAAAGGAAAACCAAAAGAGUACCCGGUUAAACCAAAAUCAGGCUUCGGGUAAACUUGGCAUCAGGAUGCAGCGUAGCUUGAAUAAAAGGGUGAUUUUGAAGCCAUAUCCAUAUAUUGCAUCAAGCGAGCAAUGGCUGAUCAGAACAAACGUGUCUGGUUCAAAGAGAGAGAAGCAAUGGCUGAUGCCUUCCUUGAUAUCUUGCAGCAUUCAGUACGUGCUCUCCUAUAUUGACAACUGCAUUCAGUACGGAGAAGACGCUGAUGUGAAAGUGCGGGAUUUUGAUCCCGAGGACGACUAG